UUCCUCAGAUCGCGCCCGCUUCCGGCAGCUGCGGUGCAGUUGUGGAUCGCUUUUACUAGGCAGCUGAGGUUGGGACUUCUCUACUGGGCUGAUCAAGGAGGAAGGAGCAGUGAUGUCUACCUUAGGGGCUGCAGCUCUGUACCUGCAUCAUCCUGCUGACAGUCACAGUGGCCGGGUCAGUUUCCUGGGGGCCCAGCUCCCCCCACAGGUGGCAGCAAUGGCCCGGCUCCUAGAGGACCUGGACAGAAGCAUGUUUAGAAAAUUGCUGAAGCUUGUGGUUAGCAACCUUCAGGGGGAGGAUUGCCAAGAGGCUGUACAACGCCUUGGUGCCAGUGCCAGCCUCUCAGAGGAGCGGCUGGGUGCCCUGCUUGCAGGAACACACACAUUGCUCCAGCAGGCCCUCCGGCUGCCCCCCACCAGCCUGAAACCUGACUCCUUUAGGGACCAACUCCAGGAGCUUGGUAUUCCCCAAGACCUGGUUGAAGACUUAGCCAGUGUGGUAUUUGGGGCCCAGCGCCCCUUCCUUGACUCUGUGGCUGGGCAGCAGAGGGCCUGGCUGCCCCACCUUGCUGACUUUCGGUGGCGGGUAGAUGUGGCUAUCUCCACAAGUGCCCUGGCCCGAUCCCUGCAACCGAGUGUCCUGAUGCAGCUCAAGCUUUCAGAUGGGUCAGCGUACCGUUUUGAGGUCCCCACGGCCAAGUUCCAGGAGCUGCGGUACAGUGUUGCUUUGGUCCUAAAGGAGAUGGCAGAUCUGGAGAAGAAGUGUGAGCGCAGACUGCAGGACUGAACCCUUACCCAGCCGGUGCUGCAGUCUGGGAGCAGCUUCUCCUUUCCAUGAAGCAGGCUCUUGAGUGAAUGAAUGUAAGGAUGGAAUUUUCUGUUUAAAUGAAAACAGUUGUGCCUUUUUUCUUAUAGAAGUAAAAACAACUAUUAAAAACAUGUUUCUCUAUGUGGAUGUUAAACUACA